CAGAAGAAUCAGGAUUUUGCUGUUCGUAAGUUCCAUCCCAAGAAAAACCGGAAGAGUGAGAUUGAUUCGAAUCAUAUUACACAAAGGCAAUAAUAAAAUAUCAUGUAUGCGACAGCAGCUCCUGUUCCUAACGGAGUUGCGUCUCCGAUAGGGGGAUCUAGUGGCGACGAUCAAAAGGCAUCCUCGCCAUCAUCCCCUUCUGAUGUCACUACUCCUUCCGAUUUGAAAAACAAUUCAAACACAACCGAAUAUAGCGACGUCAAUAUGAACAACAACCAGAGUCGAAGAGAUCUGAUAGGCGAUUGCGCUUUGGUAGAGAUAAUACACCUACACGAUUGUUUGCGCGGUGCUCUAAAUGCACUGGAAAAAGACCUCAUUGAUCUCAGCAAGAUGCUCUUGUGCAGUACUUCAGCAGCCGCGAGUGAUGCCCAAGAAGCGCAACGCAUCCAGCUGCAAACGCACCAUCAAUCAAUAAGCAAACUCGAAUCCAAGGCCACGGCUCGAUUCCAGGUAAUAUGGAGUGUCUUCCGUGCCCAUUCUGCCGCCGAGGACGAAUUCAUUUGGCCAGCCUUGCGCGACAAAACCCAGGGGGCAGUAAACGGGAGUCCCUGCGGGAGCCCCUGCGGGAGCCCGAGGUAUCAGCCGAACCAGGAGCAUCACCAGCACGAAAUUCCGUCGUAUGCGGUUGCUGCUUCGAAUGCCCGUGCGGUGCACGAUGCUUCGGACGAUGACGAGGUAGUAGAGCAAGAGGAAUACGAGGAAGAUCACGCCGACGAAGAGCGCAUGUUUACGAUGAUGGAUCAUCUGUUGACAAGGCUUCACAAGGCACUCGUUCAGCUUCACCAACGAAACACUGCUCGCGACUUAUCGAGUCAGAGUGCUCCGCAUUCGCAGAAGAACGGGAUCAAAAAGAACCUCGACUCGAUCACCAAUACUACCAAAGAAAUUUUGUCCCUUGCCAAAACUCUAAACCAACACUUGAUGGUACACCUAGAGAAGGAAGAAAAAAAUUGCCUUCCUCUGGUAGUCAAGCAUUUGUCCAAGUCUGAAAUCCACGACCUUGUGGGACAAAUCAUGGGAAAACGAUCCUCCGACACGAUUGCACAGAUAUUGACAAUGGCGGUUCAAAACCUGAAAGAGGCCGACCGCGAAAACAUGGUCAGCCACAUGAAGCAAGCC